CAAAUUUUAGGUUUUGGUUAUUUUUGAUAAGAUUAAACGAAAAUACUGUUAUGCAAGCAGUAUUAGCAUUGUGUUAUUUUUGUGAAACUCACGGACCUCGAGUAUUGAUGACAACACAAUCGAUACCCGAGAAUUUGAGGCAGGAUUAUUGCUUACCAACUACGAGUAAAGGAUCACCAGCAUUUGUCUCUGCUAAGACUUUUCGAACUCACUCGACCGAGGAAUUACGUUGUGUCGCAUGUACAUCGUUCGUUGAUGGCACCGGUCUAAUUACGGAUGAUGUUGAAGCUGGAAUAAGUUAUAUUACUACACAGGUUGCGUUAAAUGAUCGAGUAUUUCAGUUGGUGAAAUACUCAUGUCUUCAUUCGUUAAGUUGUGAAGUAACAACUACUCCGAAGGAUAAUACGCCUAAACUAAGUCCGAUGAAAUCGCGUGUUACACCGACACAGCAGAAUACAAUAAAAUGGGAAAGUCCAUGGGAAGAAGCAAAUACGGAGGCGAAGGAUGGUGUAAUUUUAUUUGGCGAUGAAGAACAUGGCUAUACAUUGUCGUAUACAUUCAGGUUACGUGAUUGCAAAGCACGGGGCUUUUCACGUUUUCUUUCAUUUAUCCUUGUAUCUAUAGAUAAAUUAUUCAUCACCAGCAAUUAUCACUUUUUCGUUUCAACAAUGUCAUCUGCCAUUCGAUUUUUACAGAUGGAAUCGAACAUGUUUUUCGACCGUGAACAAAGUGACCCAGCUAAUGAAGUGCUAAAGCAGGCUGCAGCAUCACGUGUCUCACUAUUGCCGGCGCAUUUUUUGCGCUCUCAUCUUACCAAGCUAGAAUUGGACACGUCACGAAGUUUGGCUGUAAUCACUGGUCGUGCAGAUAUUUUCACACAGUUGCAUAUCUUUAUGGUUUGUAUAUUACGUACACAAACACGUCUCUGCAAAGAAUAUUUAUUGGAAGGAGUGCCAACACAGGAUAUGCUCAUAAUGAAAGAACGUGAGCUGAAAGUUGAUAACGAGACAAAUGCUAGCGAUAUAAGUUGUUCAAGACGUUUGGAUUGCUUCGAGACAUUGCGACAAAUUGCACGUAUGCUCGAAAAUUUGCCGAAAAUUAAUGGUCAGAGUGUCCUGGGAAUUGUUUUGACACAGUUGGUUACUGGCGGUCAGAUUGUCCUGAAAUGUCAUAAUGAAAUUCUAGCUAAACGCUUUCUACUUGCACUUUCUAGUCUGUUGCCAUUGGGUUGCGUUCGUAUGUUAUAUGCAGAGGAAUAUCGACAUGUCUUUAUAUCUAAUUUAUUUGGAUGUCCUCAAGAUACCGAGUUAUCACCUGACGCAAUUGACAUUGUGGUUUUGACGCUGGAUGUACCAUUUAACAGAAUUAAUUCGAGACAGCCGGCAGUAGAGGAGCGGGAAGCCUGCUCGCUUUCCUCGGGAAGCUGUAUUUCACCGCCGUUGAGCACGUCAUCUAAGGAUGAUAAUGUUGAUGAAAGUUUGGCAAAACAUUUGAUCGAAAUUUUAUCUCCCAGAAAAUCGCUUGAUUUCGAAGACUGUGCAUUCACAUUGAUUGCAUACCCGGAAUGUACGGCACCAAGAUAUAGCACACCUGCCAUUGUUAAUCGCUAUAAACAACUCAUACUGGAUGAUGAUCUGUCAUGCCGUGUUCUGGCAUCUGUCAUCGGAAAUACAAGAGAACAAUGGCUAAAUAAAGCAAAGUUGGUUUAUCAGCUGGGACGACAGAAAGAAAAAAUUGAUCUGAAAAAACUCCUUCAAAUUAUGAAGUGUGCCGAGCAGGAUGGAACAGUCCUGUUAUUUUUCCAAGCUGGUUUGUCGGAUACAUAUAAACAGCAAGUCAUGGAUGUUAUCAAAAAAGGAGCUGCUUGA